AUGGCCUACGAUUACUACAGAAACUCUGGAUCGGGAUGGGGCACUUCGCAGUUCCAGUUUGCGUCGCCUCCAGCUCCCCCGUUCCGACCCCAGUCGUCAUGGGGCGGGAUGGACUACUAUACCGCCCAUGCUGUUAAUCCCGAUCCGUCUCUUUUCCAUUCUGUUAUGUCUCGCGCGAGCCAGGGCUCAGUAGGCCUCGGCCGGCGUGAAGCUCGGUAUUGGCAUCGACGAGUAUACAGCGGGAUGUCGCCGCUCACACAACUGCUACCAGUCGACAUCGGAGCAGCCGCGGCGUACGAAGCAUAUCGCACGUGGAAGCACAACUCCUUCCUUCACGAGCCACUCGGCUCCGAUCCCCUCAGGAUGCGAGAAGGAUUGGUAGGGAUGGCUAUUGCGGAAACAACGCGACUGUGGCAAUACGCUGGACGGCCGAUGGACACCUUCGGGCUCCGCGCCGCUUCCGAGGCAGCCGCAUCAGUGGCCACAGUGCUCUCCGAGAGGCUGAUGGAAUGGACUGGGGGAGGCGCAGGCACCCUCUCAUCCGGCGGCGCAGGGCUCGGCGGCGGCUACCGACCUCGCAGAAGCUCGUUCCACGUCCCCUCCGUCAUCCGCUCAGGAGGCUCGCCGUACCUCGGCGCAGGCAACCUGGGGAUUCCUGGCGGUCCUCCAACCAUGACUGCUGGGGGCUUGGGAGGUCCCGGGAUGGGCAUCGGUGGGGGGAGCUCCAGGGCGUCGUCUAUAAUGGGUAUGGGAGGCGGAGGCGGAGGACUCGGGUACUCGCCGUCUAUGUCUCCUUCGCCUAUGCCUGGGAUGAUGGCGGGUGGAGGAAUGGGUGGAAGCGCAAUGGGAGCUGGAAUGGGGGCUGGGAUGGGAGCCGGAAUGGGAGGUGCCAUGGGUGGAGGUAUGGGAGGUAUGGGCGCAAUGGGAGGAGGAAUGGCUGGAGGUGGAAUGGGAAGAGGGUUUGCUCCAGGUCCAAUGCCCGUGCCCGGCGCUGGCUCAGGAAUGGGAGCCGGAGCCGGAAUGGGCGGCGCCGCUAUGGGACUUGGCGCGGCGGGUGGAAUGGGUGCAAGCGGUAUGCCUCCAGGGGGCGCGUAUCGCGCCGGCGGUCUCGGCGCAGGAGGAUACGGUGCUGGCACAGGACAGUAUGACGGAGUAGGUGCAGGAGCCUACGGCGGCGCACCCGGAGGCGCCGUUCCCUUCCCCGGCGGCGGCCAAGCACAACAACCCGGAUCGACCGUCAUCAUCCAAGAUGAGCGUUCACACCAUCGACCACGCGCACGACGAUACUCGGACUCGUACACGGACAGGCCGCGGCGCAGGCGCUCGCCCAGCUUCGAGCGUCCGCCCGUCGGCUAUGGCGCGGGCGGCGGGGACGCUGGCGUAGGUGCAGGUGGUGGAUAUGGUGCGGGUGCGCCCGGCAUGGUUGGUGGGGGCUACAGGGCCGGCGCAGGCAUGUACGGCGCAGGUGCAGGAGCUGGGGUGGGAGGUGCAGGGAUGGGAGGCGCAGGUAUGGGAGGCGCGUACGGUGCUGCUCCGGGGAUGGGCGGCGCAUAUGGUGCUGGUCCAGGGAUGGGAGGCGCAUACGGUGCACAGGCCGCAUAUGGGCCUGGCGGUGCGCCGGGGUACGGCGGUAUGCCCGGGGGUGCGAGCGGGUACGGCGGAAUGCCCGGCGGGUAUGGUGGCGGCAUGACUGGGUCGUCCGCGUCUGGCUAUGGCGGAGAGAGAGGCUUUCCUGGCGGGCCAUUCUCGCGUGCGAGGGAGGCUGCUGAGGAAGAAGAAUCUGAAGAGGAGGAGAUGGGCGGGGGCAGGUUCGGCGGGCUCGCGCAGAAGUUCCGGGCGGGCAUGGGUAUGGGGCUGAACGCAACUGGGUUGGGGCGUAGAGGGGAUUAG